AUGAUGCGCGGAUUUCUAGUCACCGUUGCGCUGCUAAUGGAGGCCGCAUACGCUGCCGGAACUGAUUCUGUUACAGCGCCCCCAGAGGCGUUUGUGCAAGACAUCGUAUGCGAUGGCUGUGUCGCCCUAGUGAAGCUAGACCGACUGAUCAAGCCAACCGACCAGACGGCCUUCUUGCAAAAUGGACUGGACUUGAUUUGCAUAGCAGCCAUCUCCCUUUGGCAGCAAUGCCCCGCUUAUGUUCAAUCGCAAGCCGACCAACUGGCUCGAUUGGUGACUGCUGGAGCGCAGCCGUAUCAAGCUUGCGCCAACGUCAAACUGUGCCCUGCUCCAAAUGAUGCACGCCGU